AACAAGCUUUUGAUGGUUUGUGUCACUUAGAGUGUUACGGUUUAUAAGUUUGCCUAACAAGAGAAAGAUCCCUGGUUCGAUCACAGGAGGAGACACAAAUCCCUUUGGGGUAGUGUCAGGAAGGGCAUUCGCUGUAAAAAUCUACCAAAAUCAAACAUGCAGACCUCCCCGCUGUGACGACCGCUUGUGAAAAAGGAGGAAGCUGAAAGCGGCUUUUAGAGUUGUUUAAAUUCUGCUCAUUAGACUAGAUAAUGAAAUACACAUCAGAUGCUUUAAUACAUCUCAUGAUCAAGUGAAGUUAUAAGUGGUCUUUUCCUAAGUUACAUGUUUUAUGAGACAACAUGGUUUUUGAAGCUGUGGAGAGAACCCGGUUUAUUUAAAAAGAGGAGAUCUUACACGCAGAGCUGACAGUCGGGUGGAGGAAACAGGGCUGCAGAAGGGCAGGUGAUGAACUGUGACGUUCAGCACAGUAGAAACUCCACAGUUUCUGUUCUCUUCUUCUCACUUGUCCCAAGGGUCAGUCCCGCUCCCUUACCAUCUAUUCUGGUUUCAGCACACAUCCGCUGGUUGGGCAAGAAAACUUAGGCACCCCCCACACAACACUGAAAACACAUAAACAAACUCUUCCAUGCCAGAGUUUGUACAGGGCUGUGAAAAAGUAUUUGGCCCCUACCUUAUUUUUUGUGUGUUUCUGCUUGGUUAUAUUUACAUGUUUCAGGUCAACAAACAAAUUUUAAGAUUAUUAAAUACAAAAUGAUGUUUUGAAAUGAUUAUUUCCCUUGUUAAGACUGCCUGCUCAACCAUUUGGUUUAGCAUAUUUUGAGAGACUAUAUAUAAUGAACUGGAGUACUUAGCUUAACUCAACCUUAUUGAGCCAUCUCUACCACUUGGUUGAGUUAUGUUAUCCUAAAAGAAAAACACUAGGUGGCACUGUGUCAGGAUAUGGCAGGCCUCAUCUGCAACCCUCCAACCAGGAAAUCAGAAAGCAAAAAAUCACUCUGGACACAUGGACUGUUUUGGCUAAAAACUUUAAAGAUGGAUUGCAAAUCCUUUUAUGGAGCAAGACAACGCACCUACCUGGCCCUUGUACCUGAAAAUUCUCAGGACUCCGAUGGUGAACUGAGUGAUGAUGACCCAAUAGAGGAUCCAGAUUUUCAACCCAAUUUUGCAGAUGAUAGUGAUGAAAGCUGCUUUGAUGUUUCCCUGGAUGAAGAUGCUCCUUCAACAAGUAGAUCUAAUAAACUUUUUGACAACACUUUGCCAAACCAUAACACAGCCAAGGCUUUCUGUUGUGUUCUGUGACAACUAUUUUACCAGUUUUAAACUGGUCCAGCACCUAGACACCUCAUUGGGUGUCAAGUGCAUUGGCACUGUUCGACCAAAUCGCACAGGUGGAGCCACUUUGAUGACAGACAAAGAGCUGAUGAAGAGAGGGCGUGGAGCUUUUGACUACAGGUCUGCUGAAGGUGUGAUCGCAGUUAAAUGGUUUGACAACAAAUGUGUGAACCUGCUAAGUAAUGCUUCUGGGAUCAUGCCACUUUCAACUGUCAAACGCUGGAGCAAAGAGUCCAAGGCGAAAGUUAUGAUCCCAUGCCCAUCACUCAUCCCUGCAUACAAUGAGCAUAUGGGAGGGAUAAAUCUCUCUGACAUGCUGGUACACCUGUACAAGACCCCAGCCAAGUCUACAAGAUGGUACCUGCCACUCUUUGGUUACAUGCUUGAUCUGUCCAUUGCAAAUUCCUGGCUGGUCUACAAGAGGGAAUGUGGACAACUAAACCAGAAACCAAUCACACUCAAAAGAUUCCGCCUGGCAGUUGCGCAUAGCUUGAAACAAGUCAACAAGCCAGCAUCCAAAGUUGGCCGACCAUCAUCCAGCUCUCCACCACCACCAAAGAAACGAUACACCCCAAGACCCUCACAACCACAGCCAGAUGUGCGAUAUGACUGCUUUGGGCAUUGGCCACUUCACUGUGACAAGCGAGGCCGAUGCAAUUACUGUCCAAAGGGCGUCUCAAGAUGGAAAUGCCAAAAAUGCAAUGUUUUCUUGUGCUUGAAUGCCAGUCAGGAAUGCUUUGCAGUGUACCACCAGAAGAUCUAAUCAUCAGGGGGUAUUGGUGAAGUUGCAUGAAUGGCAAAAGAAAAGAGCCAGAACUGUUUCAGUGUGUUCUCAAAUUUUUCAGUGCAAAAUGGCAAUGGUAUAUAAUAUACCACCAGAAUUUUCUGGAAAAUAAAAUAAAAAAUGUUAGUGCUGUUCCAACACUACAGUGAAAAGUUUAUGUUAACAACAGGUCAAAAGUGAAUUUGUAUGUUUAUGAAUUUUCGGUAAUUGCAGAUCAAGUUUUUGAUCAAAUUUACAAUAUUUUUGUGUUUUAUACAUUUUGUGGUUUGUUAUUAUAACGCCCACUGUUGAAAUGGAAUCCAACAAUGUUUGAUGUUUUACUACCACAAUAAAGUGGGUCAAACACAAAAUUGGGUAGUUAUUGUUUUGCAAAAUGAGUAUAACCUUUACUUUUUUCUACUAGUUAUGUCUGUAGAACUUUAUGGAGUUGUACCAUAGAGAGACAUCUCAACCGUUUGGUAGAGGGUAAUAUUUAAAAAACUAUAAGGUGUGUAUAAAUUUUUUUUUUUGAUUGUGAUCAUUAUUGACCUAAAGGAAUAGAAAAUAUGGACAAAUAAUUUUUUCAUUGUAUUUUUCUUGGUGAGGCAGUCAAAGGGCUAAGGGGGAAAAAGUUAUCCAAACUCUGUGUGAAAAAAGUAAUUGUUUGCUUAAAUAGAACCGGUAUGACAAAGUAAAGUAGGCUGAAAAAUCUCAAAAAACAUCACAGCAUGCCACUAUAUAAAAAAAAACUGAGAGACAAAGUCACUGAUAUCUAUUUGUCUCGAAAAUGGUUACAAAUUCAAUUCAAUUCAGUUUUAUUUAUCCAGCGCCAAAUCACAAUAACUGUCGCCUCAAGGUGCUUUGUAUUGUAAGGU